AACUAGCUAAAACCCAUUUUGUAGAGCACAUUGAUAACAAGAAAAAUCGAUCAAAUGCCCAAGUUAGAGAUUCCAGUAGCAACAAUAUUAGCCAUAUCCUUCUUACUAGCGCUGCAACCAUGUUGCCAAGCCUCCAUGCCUCAAUAUCAACCACCUCCAUUAUUAUGUCGUCCUCAUCAGAGUAACGCAUUGAUGCAGUUCAAGAAGUCCUUCUCCUCCUCCCUCGUAGACGGCGGCCAUGACAAGAUGGCGUCGUGGAACGAGGGAACGGACUGUUGCUCGUGGGAAGGUGUUACUUGCGACUCCUCGACCGGUCGUGUCGUGGACCUCGACAUCAGCUGUCAGCAGAUGGAUGGAUCAUCCCCUCCCGAUUUUCGAUACUGUCGCCAAUUCCAGAGUACUCUGCCUCAUAACAAUUUCAUCUCCCAGUACUUCCCCCACCUCUGGGGGCUCAAUCUGGCCUACAAUCACUUCAAUGGCUCCACAAUUCCCUCCGAUAUCGUCAAACUAACCGAGUUGACUCGUCUUAAUCUCUCCCAUACUGGAUUUUCCGGCAAAAUCCCGUCCGAGUUCAGUCAUCUCAAAAAACUCGUUUCACUCUAUCUUUCCUUCAACCAGGUCGCCUUCAACGGAGAUGAAGAUUACUCCAACGUGCUCGCGAACGCCACGAAUCUGAGCGAGUUGUGGCUUCAGGAGGUGAAUAUGUCAAACAUCAAACCUUCCUCCUUCUCCAACUUAUCGCAUUCCAUGAAGCAUCUCGAUGUUUCCGACUGUGGACUAGCAGGGAAGUUUCCAGAGAGCGUCUUUCGUCUUCCACACAUGGAAUCGAUACGUCUCAAACGGAACAAAGAGUUCUUGGUUCAGCUUCCACGAUCAAACUGGUCAGCUGCCUCACUCAAGGUAUUAGAAGUUUCCUCGACGAAUUGUUUUGGAAAAUUUUUGCCCGAUUCGAUUGGAAAUCUCAAGUCCUUGAGCGUUUUGAGCCUAGAUGAUAACUUUCUCAAUGGGACCAUACCAUCAUGGUUGUUAGCCCUACCAUCCAUGGAAAUAUUGGGCCUAAGUUAUAACCAACUCACCGGAGAAAUCCCAGAAAUCCGAUCGAGUUCCUUGAGAUAUCUCUAUCUAGAUCACAACCGAUUAUCCGGCCUUGCACCAACAAGCUCAACGACACUCAAGCGUUGGAAUCUCCAAUGGAUGGACCUCAGUUCGAACGAGUUAUCGGGGAUCAUGCUGAACUACAUCUGCUACCUCGCUUCGCUUAUGGUCAUCGACUUGUCCAACAACAACUUGAGUGGCAGCAUUCCUGAGUGUCUGUUCAACCUCACCGAAUUGUCGGUCUUGAAUCUGAGGACCAACAACUUCCACGGCCCGAUUCCAUCGUCGGUGUUUGGUAAUAUGAGCAAGCUAACACACGUGGACUUGAACGGGAACAAAUUGGGAGGGUCACUGCCACAAUCACUGGCGACUUGCAAGAUGUUAGAAGUAUUGGAUGUCGGGAACAACAACGUUGAUUGUAGAAAACGAUAAAUCGAACACACGACACAAGAAUUUACGUGGUUUCCUCGUUCAAUUUGAACGAGAUUAUUCCACGGAGAACUCACGUUCUCAGGAUUUUGUUAUUUGAUGAUGAUUCUCGAGAGUUAGGGUUUGCGGCGGCAAAGCCCUUUCUUAAGUACUGCCAUCCUCGUACAACAAUUAACCCGAGGAUUGGCU